AUGGAAAGUCCACAACAACGACUACAACUACGACAACGGCCACGACAACAACGACGACCACGACAACAACGACAACAACGACAACAACUACGACAACGACAACGACUACAACAACAACUACGACAACGACGACAACCACCACGACAACAACGACAACGACAGCGACCACAACCACGACCACGACAACAACUACGACAACAAUAA